AUGCAGACUGCUUCUCGAGGCUCAAGGCGCAGGGACGAGCAGGUUUUUAUUUUCUGUCUCUAUGCCUUCUUGCUCCGCGCAUUCCAAGCUGCGCGGUCACGGAACCUCAGUUUCCCGGCCUGCGCAGGGGAUGGGCCUCGUAGGGAGGACUUGCUCGCCGUCGGGCGCGCCCCCGCUUCGCAAGCUGGCGCGUCGGGCGCGCGCUCGGGACGUGAUUGGCUGGACUGGGCCUCCCGCCGCCCCUCGGGGAACAGCCGCAGGGGUGCCCCUGUGAAGGUGAAAUCGGUUCCCCUAGUGCACGCCCCUGGAGUUCUGGCUGUGGCCGUGAGUGGCCGUCCUCUGUCACUGUGUGUCGCCUUGUGUCUGAGGCUCACUGAUAGCGGUUGUCUGGGCUGUGACAUUCUCUUCCUUUCUCUGCAGUUGGAGGCUGGCAGCGAUGAAGAUCGCAAGUUAAACCACAGCUUAAGUGAGAGCUUUUUCAUGGUGAAAGGAGCAGCCCUCUUCCUACAGCAGGAAAGCAGCCCUCAAGGCCAGCGGAGUCUUCAGCACCCCCACAAGCAUGCAGGGGACCUGCCUCAGCAUCUUCAAGUCAUGAUCAACCUUCUGCGUUGUGAAGAUAGAAUCAAGCUGGCCGUGCGCUUGGAGAGUGCCUGGGCGGAGCGGGUCCGCUACAUGGUGGUGGUGGACAGCAGCGGGCGCCAGGACACAGAGGAGAGUAUCCUGCUGGGAGUUGACUUCUCCAGUAAGGAGAGUAAAAGCUGUACCAUCGGGAUGGUUCUCCGCCUGUGGAGCGACACAAAGAUCCACCUCGAUGGAGAUGGUGGGUUCAGCGUCAGCACCGCUGGGAGGAUGCACGUCUUCAAGCCUGUGUCUGUCCAGGCCAUGUGGUCUGCCCUGCAGGUCCUGCACAAGGCCUGUGAGGUGGCGCGGCGGCACAACUACUUCCCGGGGGGUGUGGCGCUGCUCUGGGCCUCCUACUACGAGAGCUGCAUCGGCUCCGAGCAGAGCUGCAUCAACGAGUGGAAUGCCAUGCAGGACCUCGAAUCCACGAGGCCCGACUCCCCCGCCCUGUUCGCAGACAAGCCGACCGAAGGGGAAAGGACGGAGCGUCUCAUCAAAGCCAAACUCCGGAGCAUCAUGAUGAGUCAAGACCUGGAGAACGUGACCUCCAAAGAAAUUCGUAAUGAAUUAGAGAAACAGAUGAACUGUAACCUGAAAGAAUUCAAGGAAUUUAUAGACAACGAGAUGCUCCUUAUCUUGGGACAGAUGGACAAGCCCUCUCUCAUCUUCGACCAUCUUUAUCUCGGCUCUGAAUGGAAUGCAUCCAACCUGGAGGAACUGCAGGGCUCAGGUGUUGACUAUAUUUUAAACGUCACUAGAGAAAUAGAUAAUUUUUUCCCUGGCUUAUUUGCUUACCAUAACAUCCGAGUCUAUGAUGAAGAGACCACAGACCUCCUCGCCCACUGGAACGAGGCGUACCAUUUUAUAAACAAAGCAAAGAGGAACCACUCCAAGUGCCUGGUACACUGCAAAAUGGGCGUCAGUCGCUCGGCUUCCACCGUCAUAGCCUAUGCAAUGAAGGAAUUCGGCUGGACCCUGGAGAAAGCCUACAACUACGUGAAGCAGAAACGCAGCAUCACGCGCCCCAACGCAGGCUUUAUGAGGCAGCUGUCUGAGUAUGAAGGCAUCCUAGACGCCAGCAAGCAGCGGCACAACAAGCUGUGGCGCCAGCAGGCCGACGACAGCUGCUUCCAGCAGCCUGGGGACGACCCUGCGGGGCCUGGGGACUUCCAGCCAGAGACCCUGGACAGUACCCGAGAAGCCCAGCCACCCUGCUUGGACGCCGCUGGCCCCCCGCCUGGGUUCCCGGGCAGCGGGGCGCUUGGUGGCCCCACUCUGCCCUGCUGCUUCCGGCGACUGUCAGACCCUCUGCUGCGGGCCGCCGCCGACGAGACAGGCAGCUCUGUCCACCUGGAGGAUCUGGAGAGGGACGCUCUGCUGGAGGAAGCCACUCAGCUGGCAGAGGCGUCCCAGCCAGCCAGACCACCCCCAGAAGGCCCCGGACUCUGCGAGAGGGAAGUGAGGAAGAAACCAGAGCCUGGGGGCCCCCAGGCCCAGGGUGGCUCCUCGCCGCAGGCGGAGGAGAUGGAAAGGGAGGAGGCCCUGGGAGCAGGGAAGUGGGGGCGGCCCGCAGCCCAGCUCGAUAACCUGCUCAACCGGGAAAACCUAAACAACAACAACAGCAAGCGGAGCUGCCCGGAUGACUUUGAGCAUGACGCGAUCUUCGGGAUCCUUAACAAAGUGAAGCCUUCCUACAAAUCCUGCGCCGACUGCAUGUACCCUGCAGCCGGCGGGAACCCCGAGGCCUUCGGGGAGCGAUGCAAGAAUCCCGGUGCUCCUGCCAUCUGCACCCAGCCCACCUUCCUACCCCACCUUACGUCUUCCCCCGUGGCCAGCAGGUCCCGAGCUUUGGAGAAACUGGCCUCUGUCCCAACCGAAACCGCCUCCUUCCUACCACCAACAGGCUCGAGGAGGCCAGACUCCAGUGGUCCAGGGGCCGGGGCUGCCCCGGAGCCCCCAGCCAGCCUUCCGGAACCUUCCAGAGAGAUUCACAAAGCCCUACCAAAGUCCCUCCUCGUGAAGAAUUCUCACUGUGAUAAGAACCCUCCUGGCUCAGAAGCAGUGAACGAAGACUCGCCACCCAAGAGAGAUCCGAAGCCGGCCAAGGACCUGCGGCUCCUGUUCAGCAAAGAGGCCGAGAAGCCCACGAGCAGCAGCUACUUGAUGCAGCACCAGGAGUCCAUCAUCCAGCUGCAGAGGGCGGGCCUGGUCCGCAAGCACACCAAAGAGCUGGAGAGGCUGAAGGGCACACCGGCUGAGCUGGGGGCCCCCUGCCGGGACAGCCCGGCUGCCAUCCCUGAGGAGAACCCGGACUCGCCUCUGCCCGGCCAAGCCCCGGGCCCCGAGAAACCUGAGGCCGGCCCCCCUCUGCUAGAGGGAGCCCUGCUGAAGAGCCCCCCGCCCUUCCUCUGCCGCCCGGACCACGCCAGCCACUUCUCCAAAGACUUCCUGAAGACCAUCUGCUACACCCCCACCUCAUCCUCCAUGAGCUCCAACCUGACGCGGAGCUCGAGCAGCGACAGCAUCCACAGCGUCCGCGGGAAGCCGGGGCUAGUGAAGCAGCGCACGCAGGAGAUCGAGACCCGGCUCCGGCUGGCGGGCCUCACCGUCUCGUCCCCGCUCAAGCGCUCCCACUCCCUGGCCAAGCUCGGCAGCCUCAACCUUUCGACUGAGGACCUGUCUAGCGAGGCCGACGUGUCCACCGCAGCCGACUCCCAGGACACCAGGUUGAGCGAGUCUUCCCUUUUGCACGAGCCCCUGGCAGCCACCAGGAGUCCGGCCACAACCUCGAAACCAUCAGGGAAAUCUGCCCUGGAAGACUUGAAAAGCCCUUCAUGGCCGGGCAAAAGCUGACCCACCUCUGGCUGCGUUUGGACUUGUGCGAUCCCUCCCUUAGCCUCCCUGUGGAUUUCUGGUCCACCCCUGCCGUCUGGAUGUCCCUUAAGCGAUUGGCGUUAUCCACGCUUUUCCUCCCCUUCUCUUUGCAGAGGGGAGAAAAAGCAACAAAAUUGCCGAACAUACAGCACAAGAAGAGAGGGGUGAGCCUGGGUGUUUGUGGCCUGGGAUAACCAGCAGCUGUCGGCCAGUAGACUGACCCCAAAGCAAGUGUUUCCAAGAAGACAUGCUUUAAGAAGAGCGUUUAUAUGGAGAUGCACAUGCAUCAAAAACCCUUCCAUGCACAACCUGCGAACGAAUAGCCGUGGUGUCGGCAUCAGCACCACAGGGGCUCAUCUUUGCUCAUGCAGGCCCUAGUGGGGAAACCCGUGGAUGGCACUAGAAUUCCUACCUCUGAUCCUGCUGUGCGCUUUUUUUAUUUUUAAAAAAUCCAGUAACAACCAAGGCUUGUUCCAGGGAAAAUGCUGUGUCAGAAAAGGUUUUUUUUCUGAAAGAGAACUUUUGCUGUCAGGACCCAUUUCCCCCCCCCCCCAAAAAAAAAAAAGCGUCAAGACUUUUAAAGUUGCCCACACCAAACACCGCUACUUAAAGCGACAGGAAGGCACAGCUGCUGUCAUUGAACCGACUCCGGGGCGCAUGGAGGUCCUCUGAGCUUUGACUUCCUGGUGCUGGCGUGUUGUCACAGCUAAGUGAUGUGGGUCUGGCCAGCCCUGGAGGAAGCAGGGGCCAAUGUGUGUGUGUGUGUGGUCCUCAUUGUCGCCCCCAUCUGGGGAGAAGGACCCACAAAGUUAUCGUUGAGUCUCACCUGCUGCAGAAGCCCACACGGUCCUACGAGGGUUUCGAAGGCGCUCGAGCGUCUGGCGGGGCUGGGGAGGGGUUUGGAGACAUGGGUCACCCCACCGGGAGCUCCGGCACUCAGGUUCAUUAGGUCACACGCACUCAAGUCUGGGGAGGAAAAGGAGAUGUCAGCAUGAGAGACACUCAGUCACUCAAGGGACAGCUCGGCAGCAGCUUCUCCGAUGAGCAGGACUGGUGGGAAGCUGCUCAGAUGUUUACAAGUCGCCCCUUCCUGCGGUGAGAACGCUGCUUCCUGCUUCUCCACGGCUCUUCCCAGCGGGCCGGGAAGGCUUGAGGUCCCGCCCGGCUCUGGGGGUAGCCCCUCCGAGGAUUUGGAGUGGAGGGACUCCUCUGAUGUCAGCGGGCAAGACAGGAUGUUAAAACAUUUUGGAGAGAGAAGAGGUUGGUUAGAUUUAAUGCAGGGGUCAGCCAACCAUGGCUGGGGUGUGUGGCCCCAUGAGCUAAGAUGGGUUUUAGUUUUUAUUUUUAUCAUAUUUUCAAGGGGUUAGCCAAAAAUUACCAAACAGGCAACAGAGACCAUGUAGCCUACAAAACCGAAGGUAGUUUACAAUCAGGCCCUUUAUAGAAAACCUUUGCUGACCCUGGUUUUACUUGAAAACCCAAGGCUUGCCCCAGGCCCUUGGGGAAGAAAAUCCCGGGAGUUAGAAGGCCUCCCACCUCUUUUGUCACCUCAGGCCAAACCCUGCCCUCCUCCCGACCCAGUCCUUGCCAGCCCAUCCCCAAUGUUUUUCUCCUGGGGGUGGGACAGGCCCCUACUGGCUGAAACUUUCCCACGGUUGCAGCUUGCCCUCAGGCCCACCGGAUUAUUUCAGUGAAACUAGACAUCCUUCAAGGGCCAGCCAAAUUCCAGAAGUGGGUAAAUGAGUCUCCAUCUUACUUUGGUCCAAACUGGGCCUCUCAGAGCACCCCACGCAGAGUCUUCAGAAACAAGGCCAGUCCAUGUUUUAACUCGUGGGUAGAGCUUUUGCAAAAAAACCCUCUCUCUGGAAACUUUUUCUCCCUGAAUUUUUUUUUUUCUUUUUAAGUAUAUGUUAUUUUACCUUAUAGGAAUUUGUUUUCCCACUGCUGUCAGUUGGAAUCACCUUAGAUGAUCCACUUAUUCCAGAAAACCCAGUUGGGUUUCCCCCUUUCUCUCAGCCAACACAAGAGCAUGGUCUCAAAAAAAAAACGUCAGGUUCAGUGUUUUGCCAAGUUGCAUUUUAUGUGGUGGGUCAAUUUUUGUGUCAAAAAAAUCCUAUAGAUUUGAUGAUGACAGGCUUAUGUUGGUUUUUAUUUUUUUAAAAACCAUGCCCGGGUAUGAUAUAUUUUUGAAGACCUUCAUUUUGAAAGCCAUAGUUUUUCUUAUCCAGUUAAAGGAUAUGAGGAGGAUUAUAAAGAUGAGAGGGUCUCUGGCUUUUGGCAGAGUUAUCCAUUCAUUGUCAGAAGUUAGUCUGUUAACAUUGAAACUGGGGCCCAGGUCCCCACCAUCAGAACAAAGCAAAGCCUUCUUGAUGGGUAACAUUCUAGUCUGAAGAAGAGGGUGAAGAUUCUUCUCCAAGACCCAGAUCAGUGGCGUGGAAACCUAUGGUGGAUUGCUGUUUUAUAUUUUAUAAGACCAGAGUGUCCUACAAGGUUUGGGGGCAUCUCGACAAAGACAGAUGCAUUAAUAGUCUCUGAAAAGAAAGUUUUUACCAUAAGCUAUGCCUCUUCUUUACCAAUGCUUUGUCUACACUUAGCGUAUGGGGGAAAUUCCGAAUAUGGGUGGCAGAGGUUUAUGCUGUGAAAGUCAUGGAUUUUUGUGACCAGCUGUCUUCAUGGAAUGCCUUUGUUGAACUAGGCAAGAGCGAAGGUUUCUGAAUCAGCUUGGUAGCCCAUAAAUCCAGCUGCGUUUCCUCUUCCCCCUCCACCACCCCCCACUUUCCUGCUCAUUCGAAUGGCAUGCCAGCAGGAGACCCAGCUUGUCUAGGUCUACCUCUUGCAUUGACACAUGGGGUCUUCUCAGUUGAGUUUUGUUGAGUCGAAGCCGGGAGCUAGUCACAGAGAGGGGAAGCCGUGCUGCCCUCUGGUGGGCACGUGGCCUUGCCGAUGUCCGUCUUUGUCCCGUGGCGACACGCAUCGCCGCAGGAACGCCUUGAGAAGAGGGUUCUGGCCCGCGGCGGCGCGCGUCACUGUGUGGAUGCCUUGAGAAGAGGGUUCUGGCCCGCGGCGGCGCGCGUCACCAUGUGAAUGCCUUGAGAACAGGGUUCUGGCCCGUGGUCUCCCCUCCUCCCUGGUCUCAGUGCAGGUGCUCAUGCCAGCCUCCAGGCUGCCAAACAGCUCUCUGCUGGGUGGGGGUGGCCGUUCCAUCGGCCAGGAGACUGCUCUGUCCAGCCCCCUUCUGCUCCACCCAUCCCACCCUCUCCAGCUAAGAAAGCAUUCCAGCCCUUUCUAAGCCUUUUCCCUCCUGGAUAAGCCCAGAGGAUGGAUACCUAGGAUGGAGCCAGAACAGCCAUAGAGUUAACAUCAGGACAACCCUGUAUGUCAGCCCUGCACUCAGGCCCCAUCCCAGGGGCCUCUGCUCCUUAGUGAGAGGAAGUGCUGGCAUCGCGUUGAGGUCACGUGCAGAAUCUCACCCAAGGUGUCUGAAGAUCAGCAUGCUGUCUGUCGCCCAGAAAUGCUGCUCUGGCUUCCCAGCCAGCAGGGCUUCCCUGGACCCACACGAGCAGCGAGAGAACCCCUUCCCUUCCAGCAGGGAGAUUUAGGACAUCUGGACAGCACGAUGCAGGUUUGCAUGUUCUUGUCCUACCCCCAGCAUCUUGGCCAGACGAAGGUACUUACAGAUCCCAGUGUUCAGCUAUUUGGUCUUUUUAUCAUCUGCUCUGGAGAAAGAAAUGGCAACCUACUCCAGUAUUGCCUGGAAAAUCCCAUGGCUGGAGGCAUGUGGUGGGCUACAGUCCAUGGGGUCGCAAAGAGUUGGACACGACUGAGUGACUUCACUUUCUUUCUGCAGAUGAAUACCUGUGUGAGAUCGUUCUGCAUAGAUACAUAUAUCUGUGUCUAUACAUCUGUCACUUGAACGAGAGUAUCAAGUGCAUUCCCCUUCCCCAUCAUCCACACACAUGCCUCGUCACCCAAGCUGUGGAGCGGGUCACCUUUAAUGGUCUGGAGCAACACCGUGCAGUGGAUCUGGAUGUGACCGCCUUGUUUUUUUGUCCUGUAGUAGACCCCUGCAACCCUUGCGGGACCCUUUUAGAGCCAGACCCCCGUCCUCCACUGUUCUCUGUCAGCCGCGCCAUGCAGGGAGAUGGCCACUCCCUCCCUCCUCCUCGACACUGUAAUCAUUGUUUUACAAUCGAGUGCCUUAAUAAUAGUUUACAAAUACUGUGUAUUUAUGGGCAGCCGUUCCGCUUUCGCCUUCUGUGAUUGGAUACUUUGCCUUGUCCUCGGUGGUUGGCGCUGGGGCUGGAGUUUGCCUGCCCCAUAGUUGGGCUGAUCUGCUGGGCGGCCUCCCGCACCUGCCCACAGCCAGGCCAGGGGCAUCGCUAGAAGCGGUGCUGGCUGGUGGUCCCUAUGGGCGAGGCAGGCGCUGUUUCAGCCGUGGGCCCAUAUAGUAAGCAAAGAUAAGACAGGAUUGGUAGGCCGACCAGCUCGGGCACCCUCUGGACCACAGCCCUGCCCCUCCCCUUAUACCCUCUCCACAUCACAGCUGUUCUGUUCAGUAGACUUUUUAUUACCACCUUGAAACCCCCCCCACCCCCACCAUUUUCCUCUCUUUUGGUGUCCUGAGCUCUUUGCAACAAUAUGCAGGUACAGAGUGCCCUCCCCAGUCAGGAGCUCCCCUCCCCCCAAGACAGCCUGCCCUUUGGUUUUCAGAGGCUGCCAGUGGGUGCCAUUGUGUUGCGUUAUGAUAUCAAUGAUUUUUUUUAUUAUAUAUUGUUUUUCUUCUUGUUUUUUUAUAUUAUAUAUUUAAAAGGCAGUAUCUUUUGUACUGUGAAUUUGCAGUAGAAGAUGCAUAAUGCACUUUUUUUUUUUUUUUACUUCUGUUGGUGUGUACUGUAUAUAGUCUGUGUGCUUCUUGUGAGGAAAAUAAACUUUUUCUUUAUAAAAAAAA